CGCGUGCGCACUACGGCGGGAAGCCAACGCCGGAACGUGCGGGCACGGGGCGCACCUCCCCGGUGAGCCAGGCAUGGCGGGCGCGGGCCCGGUGUCGAGUGUGCUGGGGCUGCUGCUCGUGUCGGCUCUGUUUGGGGCCCUCGGAGAGCGCCGCAGCCCCGAUCUGGGGGCACACCCAGAACGCCGCUCCCAGGUCGGUCCCGGCGCCACCGAACCCAGGCGGCGGCCGCCACCCAAGGACCAGCGCGAGCGGGCCCGGGCCGGAGCGCUGCCUUUGGGGGCGCUGUACACUGCGGCCGUCGUGGCUUUUGUGCUGUACAAGUGUUUGCAGGGCCCGGAUGAGGCUGCCAUUCUCCAAGAGGAAAAAAACAAGAAGAAAUCCUUGCAGUCAGAACAACAGCUGGUACAGUUGACGCAGCAGCUGGCCCAGACGGAACAGCACCUGAACAAUCUCAUGACCCAGCUGGACCCCCUUUUUGAGCGGGUGACUACUCUGGUUGGAACCCAGCGGGAACUCCUAAACAUGAAGCUCAAGACCGUCCACCAGCUCCUCCAAGACUGCAAGCCUGGCAGGGGUGUGCCAGUUCCAGAGGCCAGCGUACCGUUUCCUGAGGACGUGGGGCAAGAGGACCAACAAGAAGCUGAAGACAGUCAGGCCUGGGAGGGGCCCAUAAACUGGAGCCCAGAUUCAUGGAACCUAGCUCCUUCCUGGGAGGUGCAGCAGGGGCUAAGGCGAAGAUGGCCCAAGACUGUGACAGAGGACCCAGCAAUGAAGGGGGGCCAGCCACUGAAGGGUUAGUAAACCAAGUCACCUCGUC